AUGAGCAAGAGCUUUGCAACGGAUGAGCGUGUGUUGGAGGCUUUUACACAGCUCAGCACGCUGUCACUUGAGAAUUUUGACACCGUGUCCAAGCUCGCAGUGCAGCUUUUUACCUCGGAGAAACAAAGCAAACGGCGGCUGAUCCAUACGGCAUCGAUUUCAGGAUGGGAAAGUGAGCAGAUGGAAAAGGCAGUACUUGCUAUUGCCAAGACUCUCAUGGAUAGUGCCAAGACUGAAAUGUCAGAAAGUGCCUUUCGGAUGGUCGUGAAAGGAAUGUCGCUAUCGGAGCACCAUGUCGACGCUCUUGCGCAGCUGUAUCAAGUGCACGUGAAAACUAUUCGAGCGUGCGUGUCGAGAGAAACAGGCACAAGUAUCUCGCAUUAUCGGAACUUGGAGUGGCGCAUUGAUCUUGAGCUUGGUACGCGCUUUCACUACAACAAGCCAAAACCCAUUGUGACGCUUCGCUUGGACACUGUCACGCACCUCAGUAGCUCUGAUGUACCACAAGUUCAGACCAAUUGUUUUCGCGUAGACUACGACGGUCUGAAACUAAUGCAGCGUCAGCUCGAGGCCGCGUUAAUGGAGGUUGAUUCCGUACAUUGCAGUCGUAUCCAGCGGUACAUGCAAUGA